AUGAAGCAUACCGCAAGCGAGUUCUCGAACAACCUAACAGGAGGGUUUCGUACGGUAGCCAAGGUCUUAGCGACGCCACCUCAACUCUACACAUUUUGGGCCAUUUUGUUUUCUGAGCUGGCGGUGGCGCACGGCAUCUCAGUUGGGAACCAGUACCGCUCAGCAGCUAUGGGCAAGGAAAAGACGCAUAUCAACAUUGUCGUCAUCGGACACGUCGACUCCGGAAAGUCAACCACUACUGGUCAUUUGAUUUACAAAUGCGGUGGUAUCGACAAACGAACGAUUGAGAAGUUCGAGAAGGAGGCCCAGGAGAUGGGUAAAGGAUCUUUCAAGUACGCUUGGGUCCUUGACAAACUGAAGGCAGAGCGUGAACGUGGUAUUACCAUCGAUAUCGCUCUCUGGAAGUUCGAGACGGCAAAGUACUACAUCACCAUCAUUGACGCCCCAGGACAUCGUGAUUUCAUCAAAAACAUGAUUACUGGUACGUCACAGGCCGAUUGUGCAGUACUUGUCGUCGCUUGCGGUACUGGAGAGUUCGAGGCCGGUAUCUCGAAGAACGGACAAACUCGUGAACACGCUCUGCUGGCUCAGACACUUGGUGUAAAGCAACUUAUCGUUGCUUGCAACAAGAUGGACUCUACCGAGCCACCUUUCUCUGAGGCCCGUUUCAACGAGAUCACCACCGAAGUCUCGAACUUCAUCAAGAAGAUCGGAUACAACCCCAAGGCUGUGGCCUUCGUCCCCAUUUCCGGAUUCAACGGCGAUAACAUGCUGGAGCCAUCACCCAACAUGCCAUGGUUCAAGGGAUGGAACGUCGAGCGUAAGGAGGGCAAUGCCUCUGGAAAGACCCUUCUCGAGGCUCUUGACUCGAUCGUCCCACCUCAACGACCCACUGAUAGGCCACUUCGUCUUCCUCUUCAGGACGUAUACAAGAUCGGAGGUAUCGGAACUGUCCCCGUCGGCCGUGUUGAGACCGGUAUCCUCAAGCCUGGUAUGGUUGUUACCUUUGCCCCACAGAAUGUCACCACUGAGGUAAAAUCCGUUGAAAUGCACCACGAAUCUCUGCCUGAGGCCGUCCCUGGAGACAACGUCGGAUUCAACGUGAAGAACGUCUCCGUGAAGGACAUCCGUCGUGGAUCCGUCUGCUCAGACUCGAAGAACGACCCAGCCAAGGAGGCUCGUAGCUUCCAUGCUCAGGUCAUCAUCAUGAACCACCCUGGACAAAUUGCUGCUGGAUACACUCCAGUGCUCGAUUGCCACACUGCUCACAUUGCGUGCAAGUUCGCAGAACUCAAGGAGAAGGUUGACCGCCGUACUGGUAAGAAGGUCGAGGACAACCCGAAGUUCCUGAAGUCUGGUGACGCAGGAAUUGUUGAGCUGAUCCCCACCAAGCCGCUGUGCGUUGAAUCGUUCACUGACUACGCACCACUUGGACGUUUCGCCGUUCGUGAUAUGAGGCAAACCGUGGCUGUUGGUGUAAUCAAAUCUGUGGACAAGUCUGAUGGAGCUGCAGGCAAAGUCACCAAGGCAGCCCAGAAGGCUGGAGUUGCCAAGAAGAAGUAA